CGAAAUCUAAGCUGCUGUCUCGAAUCCUGCUCUAAUUGUCCCGAAAAUUAGCCUAUACAAAAUCUUAAUCCCGAAUCCCGCUCUAAUUGUCCCCAAAAUUAUACUGAUGCAAAAUCUUGAGUAGGCCUAUUGUAUUGUGACUAUAUACAGUAGGUUGAAACCUGUUACCGGUUAGUGUAAGAAAUGAAAACACUGUAUUUGCAACACCCCUCCCGUUUCUUUUGUGUGUUCUCUCUGUCUGUGUUUCCGGAUGCUUUAGAUCUGACAGAGUGAUUUCGGGCAAUCCUUAAGAAAGGAGUAGGAAGUCACUGACAAAUAAAUCUGUUUACAAGAAACACCUCAAGUAAACAGCUUUUCCGCCACUUUUUUAAGAAUAGAUCUCUAAUGCUCAUAUAGAAAGAUGUCGAAAAGGUUAAGAUGGAGUUUUCUGCCGACUGUUUCGGAUUUGAAACAGAAGCGCGCGGCGCGGCGGAGGAGCCGUGAGAUUGACGUUAUGCUGAAGCGGACCUCACAGGUGCCUGUGAAGAUCUUACUUGCGGGAGAAUGUCAAAGCGGGAAAUCCACUUUUCUCAAACAAAUGCGCAUUAUUAACGGACCAGAGUUCAGUCAACAAGAACUGAUCGACUUCAGACGGACAGUUUACCAAAACAUAAUACAGGGUUUGCAAUUAUUGGUUAGAGAAAAAAACAAGAUGGGCAUCCCAUGGGAAAAUUCAGCCAAUGAGAACAACAUGUUGGUGACUUUGUUUGUUUCAUGGGAUGUGAAUUUAGAGCCUGAUACGUUUCAAGGCUUUGUUACGGCUAUUAACUCUCUGUGGAACGACUCUGGGAUUCAGGAGGCUUGUAGCACGACUAAGUCAAUAAAAGAUGUGACAUAUGAAUCGUUGAAAUACUUCCUUAACAACAUGAAUCGCAUUGGUCAGCUGAGCUACAUUCCCUCCAAACAGGACAUUCUUUAUGCACGCAAAUCCUGGAAUGACAGAUGUGGUUAUUUUGAGCACCGUAAUGUCUUGAUAAUGAGAAGUGAUUUAAUGCGGAAAUUCAGGUACUAUGACCAAUCCGUCAUCAUCUUCAUGGCUGCCUCCAGUGAGUUCGACCAAGUCAUGGAUGAUUUCUACUCAUCAGAUGAGAACAACCUGGUUCAGUCCUUAAGACUCUUUAAGGUCGUCCUCUGCAAUAGGUUCCUACGCAAAUGUACCACCAUCAUCCUCUUCCUCAACAAAACUGACCUGCUGGCAGAGAAAGUAAAGACUGCAGAUAUCCGGAAGAAUUUUCCAGAAUUCCAAGGUGACCCGCACAGCCUGGAAGAUGUGCAGAGAUUUCAGGUUGAGUGUUAUAAGGAGAAAAUUGCGUCAGUGGACGGCAGUCACCCAUUUUUCUAUCACUUCACUACUGCGCUGGACACAGAGAACAUACGGAUUGCAUUUGAGAGCGUAAAAGAAAUAAUAAUGCAGAAAAACCUUAAAAAAGUAAAGAUCCUGUGAAAACGAGAUGGAGCUGUUGUUUCGCAGUAUAAUAGUGUAGCAUAGUAGUUCACAUACUGUGGUAUUGUAAAAUUGCCACUGUUUAUAUGCCUUUUACUUGCAUAGUUUGCACACUUAUCUCACAUACCAGCAGGUAUGCACAUUUACUGUAUGUGAGCAUCUGCACUUUAAAGACAUAAGCGCACACACCACACAUGCUUAUAUAUUUCUAUAUACUGUAUCUAUACUGUAAAUAAUAUUUUAAUAGAUGUUUUAUUUCUCCUACUGUUUUUCUUUACUGUUUACAUUAUUGUGUACCCUACAGCUGUUGAAGCCUCACAUCAAGCUUUUUAAUGCACUACUGUCUUGUGUACAUAACAAAUAACUUGAAACUUCGUCUGGUUUACCAA